AUGUCGGCCCCAUCAAGCUCGUCGUCGGCAGGCAAGCCCGACCGCCUGUUCGUGGGCAACCUCGCACCCACGGUCGACGAGUACACGCUUGUCCAGGUGUUCAGCAAACACGGCAAAAUCACAAAGCUCGACCUCAUGUUCCACAAGAGUGGCCCUUUGAAGGGAAAGCCCAGAGGAUACGCGUUUGUCGAGUACGCUAGCAAGGACGACGCUCUCAAGGCUCUGGUCAAGCUCCACGACCGUCUUCUCCGUGGUCGCAAGCUCGUGGUCACGUACGCCAACGCCGCACCCAUUGACGAGGGCAUGAUGCUCCCCAAAGCCAGGAGAGUGGGAGACGCUGGAAAGCCGACCACACUGUCCCUUUUGAAAGCACAGCGACGACCUCAGAGUGCGGCUGCCCAGAUCGCUGCCAUGGAGGCCAAGCUCGCGUCCAUGCAGAAGCGGUCUAACCGUACACCUACACCAGAGCGCGAGGCGGCAGAAGCACUGGAGGCGGAGAUUCAGCGCGAGUUGGAAGGAGGAGGACAAGGACAUGCGAAUGAGGCCGCGGACGAGCCCAAGCCCGAGUCUGCGGAUGGUGCCGUGUCUGGACAGACAUCACCAGUCGGCGGCACAGACACGCCUGAACCCGAGGCAGAGUUUGGCAACACUGUUCCCCACACACUGCCGGCCGACUUGCCCGUUCGCACUGCGGUCCCUGUCCCAACGAAGGUGGUCAACCCCCGGAACGAGCGUUCGGCCGCGAGGGAGGAGGCGUUCCAGCGAGGGCUGGCGGGGCUUCCCAAGAAGCCUACAUUCUCAAGCUUCUAG